AUGCGUCAGGAGAAUUCCUCUAGGUAGAUGCAGGGAUAUCACACCUAGAGAGUAAGUCGUUACUCCAGCUCAAAUUAGGACAAUCCAAUCUAGCAGCAAGCGAACAAAGUUAAUGAAUUACUAAUUAAGUCUCCAACAAGAUCAAACAUUAAUAUAAAGCUACAGAAAAUACUUAAAGACAGUCCUUCACGUCAAGGAUAAUAGCCAAAGAUUUAAGAGUUAUUUAAGAAGUUUCAAGAAUAAAACUAAAAAAAGAUUAAAAAGAAAAAGCUAAUUUUGUCUUUUAACAAUGGCUCAAUCUCAGAGAGAAUCUAAAAUGAAUAAAAAUCAAUUGAAGCUUUGGGGGCAAGCAAUACUGGAAUGACAUAAGAAAGUUUUAAAUUAAAUAAAAACAAUACAAAAAUUUUGGAUUAAGCAGCUAGGAUUGAAACUGGUCCAAACUCGAUAUAGCCAACUCUGGAUAAUACUCCAAAGAGCAGCAAUUAAACGAGACUUAGAAUAAUGAAACAAAAAAUGAAUAGUCUAUUGAAUAAAUCAAUCAUGAAAAUUGUCGAGUCAAAAUCCGCAUAGCAAUUGGAUGUUAAGAAAAAUCUAAAUAAGGUUUUCAACUUUGGAGAUUAUAAAGUAGAAAAUAAUAUUCAAAGUAACCCCAAUGCUUCCCAUAACUAGCAAUCAUAAUAGAUUGUUGUUCAAUAGUAAAAUCUUUUCCCUAAUUAACCCCUUAAUAAAAUCCAAUUAAGUGAUAAGAAUCGAAAGUUAGAAGAAUUAAAGAGACCUAGUAGUGCAUUGAGUAAUAAUUCUAAUAAAUAAUAAAAUUCUCAGCAAAUUUCUUAGCUUCAUAUUUAGUUUAGUGGAGAUAUGGCUACUGGGUCGGAUAAUGGAAGUAAUAAAAAUCAAAAAAUUAGCAAUGAUCAAAAUAAUCAAGUUAUUGAACCCACAAAGACUAUUUUUGCAUAACCAAUUAAACUUGAACAACCUGAACCAAUUAAGGUUCCUUCUCGGAUAAUUAGAAUAUAAAGAAUAAAAGCAAUAAAAACAAUGAAUGAGUAAAGAUCAAAAUCUCAACCUCAUGAGGACAAUUAAAAUUAAGAACUAAAAUUAGAACUAAAAAAAGAAGUUCCAAUAACUAUUGUACCUGAAUAAAAGGAAUCUAACCUCUUUAAUUUAGAUGAGUUGGUAGAAAAAGAUGAUAAAUUUGAGUGUCACGAACCUACUGAAAAAGUAAAGUAAAAUCCAUUUAAAUCCAAGCAUUCAUCUGCUGGAUCUGCUGCUUUAUCUGUCUUAAGAUAAGAUAUGCCAUUUGGGUUUGGAUUUGGAAUGUAACCUUCUAACUAAAAUUCAAACGAUAUGCAAGAAAAAUCAAAGCAUCAAUAAUCUAGACCUGAAUAAUCAAGAAACGCUAAAAGUAACCCAUUUCUAACUAGCAACUAGCCUUAGUUACUUACAUGGGAUGCUCUAAAUCAUCCUCAAGACAAUUAUAGACCUGUGGAUUUUUAUUAGCCUUAAGUAAUACAAUAAGAGGCAGUUCCAUAAAUUGAAUAAGUAGCCGAGCCUAAGUAAAAUGCUCCUCGCAGAUUAACCUUGAAGAAAAUAGUAAAAUUAAAUAAUAUUAAAAGUACUCCUUCUUUUUAAAAUAUCCAUUCAAACUAGAACAUAUAGUAAGAAUAGUAAUAGCAAUUAUAAAGUGAUUAAGAGAAGUAAAAUUCUCUUAGUCCUCGUCGAAAAUAUAUUGAAAGGGUAAUGAAACUUAAAAAAGAAAAAUUAAACUAAAAUAUAGCAGAACCGAUAAAGCAGAAAAAUAAAUUACAUUAGGAUUCAUUUCUGAAUGACAUAAGUCUUUCAUAUUCACAGUCGUAGUAGUCACUCCGCUAGUAGAAGUCAAAAUCAAGGCACCCUAGCAAAAAUAAAAAUCAAAAGGAAGAUACCUAGCUAAGAAACUAGCGUUCACAAAUGCUUAAUAGUAUUGUACAGAAUGAAGUGGUAGAGGUAAGAAAUUCUUAACAAAGUGGUGGUACAGGGGAAACAUCACUAUCCUUUCAGUUAACAGUUACUCAUUAUAACAAUGAGGCAAUCAAAAAGAUCAAUUGUUUUCAAAUUGAUGAUUUGUGA